AGCGUCGCGGCCUUCGGAGCGCUGUUUGGCUCGAGCCGGGAUCGCUCGUGGUGAGAAGGACGCAUCGACGAGGCGCCCUGCGAGUUGGGGAAAGGCCGGGUAGGGGCCUUGAGGCGGCAAGGGAACGUGCGUGGGCCCGUUGCCUCGUAGACGAGGGCGACGCUGUAGGCAUGUUUCUGACUCGAGUACUAUUUCGAAACAGAAUUCCUGGGAAACAAUGGAUUGGUAAACACAGACGGCCAAGAAUUGUUACUCCUCUAAUGAAGGCAAAUAUGAUUAAGAGACUUGAAAUUGAAGCUGAAAAUGAAUAUUGGCUAAGUUGUCCAUAUAUGACAAAAGAGCAGGAGUACCGCCACGAUGAAGAAAAUGUACUUGCGUUAAGACAGCAAAGAAUAGCUGAAGAGAGAGCAAAGUUUCCUGAACACAAGUAUGUUUCAGAAUAUCUGAAACACCUUAAUGUGACCAAGAGAUGGGCAGAUUCCUGAUGUUUGUCCUUUGCCAUUCUAACGGAUUUGAUGGAUUCAGUGGGCUUUCUUUUAGUGACAAUGAAACAAGGCACAAAAUCAAUCAAUAAAUAUAUACUUGCUUUCAAUCAGCUAUUGGCUUCAUCAAUACUUAAGCUUUUCUACUAAAUUAUGUAUGCUGGUUUUUUCCUUUCAGAGUUUUAUUAUAAAAAGGAUU